GGAUUUAGCUAGUAUUGCUACCUAUGCAGAAUACAUUACCAAAGUGUUAGUUAAUAAAAACUGAUAUAUGUAAACGAUGGGAAACCGCUAGAAGGGGAAACACAUGAAGGCGUCACCGUUCGCCGCUGUGUGGUGCAGAUUUGCGCGUCUGGAGGAUGAGGAGCGGCGGGGAUGCUGCUGCCUCUGCGCCGCGGAUCUCAAACUCGGUAGUCUGAGGGGAAACAACCGCAGCCAUGGCCUCGGACAUUCCCCCCCAGGCCAUCGGCUUCCUGUCGGCAGUGGGUGUCUUCAUCGUGGCGUUGGCCGUCCUCUUUCUCUUCAUCAACAAGAAGCUGUGUUUCGCACGCGUCGGUGGAAUGCCCUGCCUGGAGCAACAUGGCCGCCGGAAGAAAGGACGACAGGAAGUGCGCCAGGGCCUCGCUUCUCUCCUUCAUCACCCCCUGUGUUUCCCUGUGUUUCUCUCCCUCCAGUGAGCAGCUACGGUGACGAUGAUGAUGAUGACGAAGGCAGCAGCUCUUCUGACAGCGAAGCUGAGGUCCUGAAGCAGUUUGAGAUCUCGGUGUCGCGUUCGCAGACUUUUCGUACCCCAGCAGCAGCAAACAGCAGCGAGCAGCAGCCGCAGCAGACGCAGCCGUCGGUGGGCCGACGCCACAAAUUCACCCGACUGUCGGACCAGGAGGAGGGCAGCACCGAGCCGUCAGACUGUGAAGAAAUGGAGGCUCAGAGCCAGCAGCAGGGUUUCCAGGACCCGCUGUCUGCAGCAGUAGAGGAGAGCGAGAGGGGGGCGGCGGCCUCUCCGAACAAACCUGCUUCACUGCAAGCAUCGGGCGCCAAAGGCAGUCCCACCCCGAGUAUGAACCGGCAGGCCGCAGAUGGCAGGGAGGACACGGAGAAGGCUGCGGAUUCCAAAACAAACGAUGCUGAGGACAGCUCCUCCACCUGGAGCCCCGAGGAGCAGCCUCCCCAGGAUGAUGGCUCGCCUCUGCCAACGAGCUCUUCCCCCCGACCCCCCAUCUCUAAAUGUGGAGACCUGGUCCUCUCUCUGGAGUACCGCCCCGACACGGAGAAGCUGCUGGUCUCGGUGAUUGCGGCCCGGGACAUCCCGGACAAGGCCCGCAGCGGCAUGGACUCCUGGCAGGUGCACAUGGUCCUGCUCCCCUCCAAGAAGCAACGCCACAAGACGGCGGUGCAGAAAGGCUCGCUGCCGCACUUCAACGAAACAUUUCGCUUCUCGCGCCUGGAGGCGUCGGAGCUGCACAUGUCGGCCGUCAGGUUCAGGCUGUAUGCGCUCGGAGCCUCUCGGAUGUCCCGCGAGCGGAUGAUGGGUGAGAAGGUGCUGCGUUUAGGUGGGCUGGACCCGGACGGAGGGACCAUGGAGACGACCCUGGUUCUGGAGCCUCGCAAUAACCUCAAGAGCGUGGACUCCCAGCUGAGCCUGUCGGCCGUGUCUCAGAGCGACAGCGCCUCGUCCACUCAGUCUCUGACCCACGGCGGCGUCCCCGAGCUGCUGCUGGGUCUCACCUACAACGCCACCACGGGCCGCAUGUCUGUGGAGCUCAUCAAGGGCAGCCACUUCAGAAACCUGGCCAUCAACAGACCACCAGACACCUACGGGCGUCUGACUCUGCUGAACUCGGUGGGUCAGGAGAUCUCUCGCUGUAAGACGUCGGUGCGCCGCGGCCAGCCCAACCCCGUCUACAAGGAGACCUUCGUCUUCCAGGUGGCGCUGUUCCAGCUGUCGGACGUCACGCUGCUGGUCUCCGUCUACAACCGGCGCAGCAUGAAGCGCAAGGAGAUGGUGGGCUGGGUGGCUCUGGGCCAGAACAGCAGCGGAGAGGAGGAGCAGCUCCACUGGCAGGACAUGAAGGAUAGUCGAGGACAGCAGGUCUGCCGCUGGCACGUCCUGCUGGAGGCGUAACGCCUCCCAGACUGAGGACUGAGGACUGAGUGAUUGAUGUGAUCCGCUGACAGAAUGAUGCAUGUGGCUUCGGAGGGGCGAUGGAUUCAAGGACUUAGCUUUUGUCAGAGCACACUGGCCACUACCGUAACAUCAACGUCAAACCUGGCUGCCUAUUUGAUGUCAACACGAGGAACAACUUCAUCUGCUUUCGGAGGCCGACACAAGUUAACCCGUUAAUAUUUCUGUCGGUGAAUAAAGAAAGAAGAAAGCCUUCAACAAGGUUAGUUGAGAGCCAAGUCCGUUACUACGACAACUAUUUCUUUGGCAUGUAAAACCUUUUUAAAAGCGAAGGUUUUUCUUGCUGAAAUUCACUUCUUCUCAAUAA